UUCGUUGGGUUUGGAUUCUGUGAUUGGGAUUUGGGCAAUUGGGUUGUGAGAAGUUUCUCUACAAUUGUAUCUGGUGACGGGAAUUUUGGGUUUCUUGGGGUCUAUGGAGUUGAUUUGGAUGUUUUGAUGAUUUGGGUUAUAGGAGGGAAUUCACUAUGUUCAGCUUGAACUAGUGUUUGGCAAUCCGGACUGUUCAUCUGGCGGGCUUCAACACUGAUGGGCGAUGCUGUGAAAUACAUAUCUUCUGGACUAUCCUAGUCAUCCAGCUGUUGGGUUGAAAAUGGAUGGAUAAAAACAUAGGGAAGUUAUUUGAUACUCUGCUGAGUAUGAUGCUUGAUGUGCAGCUGGAAUGCUUUGGAGUGGAGAAGCGCCAAAGGCAAGAGAGCUGGAUGAGAACAUGACAUUAUACUUCAACCUGCUUCAGGGGCUCAUUUUGCUUUGCCAUGGGAGUAUGGUGGGUGCAGGACCCACGCUUUGUGCCAGUAUUCGAGCAUCGGCGAAGCAAGUUGUCGAUUGCAGCCUUUUGUUGUUCAAAGAGGCUGUCUCCUCCAAAGAGUCUUGUGAUGCAGAUCGGAGGCUAUCAAUUCCACAGCUAGCAGGUUCUGUCUGGGAGGCGUGUUCCGCCCUCAAGAAAACCCCCACCACAAACUACACAGCCAUUGGACGAGCAAUAACACAGGUUGCAGUGUCUGUGAAGGAUGUCCUGAGAGAGAUGAAUGAACUCAAACCGGGCAUGGCCUCAUCUACCUCUGACCCUGCCAACGGUACUCCUGAUGAGGCUUCCAGUGAGGCACCUGGGCCCCAUGAUGCCAACGAUGAUGAUGGUUCAACCGAGGAUGAUGACCUCGGUAAUGACCUAUCACCCGAAGAGAUGGCAAUUGCUCAAUCAGUUGCUGCUGUAGUGUCAGACACGCUUGUAGCCAUCAAGGAGCUUAUCCGCUUUCUCACAGGUUUAGUUAAGCAGUCGAGUCACCCCAACAACAGUUUUGAUUCUGUGGGGCCCUUGGAAAGAUUGUUGGAGAUUUGCCGAGAGAUUGGAGAUCAAGUUGAUGAGCUUGGAGUGUGUGUUUACCCACCACAAGAGGUUUCGACAAUGAAAGCGGCUGCAGGGAAAAUAUAUGGUGGAGUCAACAGGUUGCAGGCCGAGGUUCAGAUCAUCGGAGGCUCGAUGGAAGGUUUCUUUCAUGCUUGUGAAGGUUUGGAAACUUCAUUGAGGAAGCUUGAAUCCGAAAUGGGUUGCUCGGAUACUGAUCUGGUGCUGGAAAUUCAAAGCCUUGCUGUAGGCAUAUAGGAAUUACUUCAUAAUGCCAAUAGCUCUGGACAUUUUUGCUCUUGCAAUUACUCUUCACAACAUUAAUUAAGAGGGUAAAUUGUCAUAAAAAUGUAGUUUGGCAGGGAAUGGUUGAAAUUUUACCAUACAAGG